AUGCCGAUCAAGAAGGACGGCAAACUGGCCAGGACCCCUUUGGAUGUUCAGAGAAGUUGUACGGAUUGCUGUUGUAUUCUGAUCUUCGCAGCAGCGUUGGCUGGGUUGGGCGCCUGCAUCUAUAUUGCGCACGACAAGGGUGACAUCACCCGGCUGGAGUCCUUGCCGGACUACCAGGGAACCCAGUGUGUGGGGAAGUACAUCUUCUUUCCACAAGAUGAGGGUGGAUUGAACUUGCAUAAACAAGUCUGUGUGGACGCCUGCCCGACAGCAAGCGAACCAGUGACGACGAUCCUGAAGCCUUUCGAAACAGCGAGGAGGCUGCAAGGUGGCCUAGUGAGCGCCACCCAGGGAGCCGGCAUCGCCGAGACAGACAGCCUUCUCUUCGGAUCAAACCCAUCGCCACAGGUGACGACAACUGCCGAAACGGUCGGCGAAGGGGUUCAGCCUCCCAGCGAGCCGGAGGAUCCGUUUGCACCACAGUUGCAGGAAACCACCGUAGUAGUCACGACCAUGGCCCCUGCUCCUCCGGGGCAGGUCCGGCUCCAGGGUUAUCCCUCCGUGCCUCUGGCAAACGUCUUGUGCUUUCCGAAGGUCGGUGAGUUCCAGGGACAAGUCAUGGGCAUCACAGGAAGCAACGAGUUCUUCGAGAUAGCUCUGGACAUCAACAGUCUUACGUCGAAUGCUGAAGUGUUGUGGAUGGCUGUCGCACUGGCGGUCAUCAUCGCCUUCGUCUUCCUCUGCCUGGUUGAAUACCUUGGUCUUUUCUUGAUGCGGCUGUCUCUGGCUUUCGUGGUCACAGCUCCGGCGGCCAUUGGUUGCUAUUUCCUCGCGAUGUGGUAUCAAGAUGAGACUUCGCCUAUUGCGUCACAGAUCGCAACGUGGAGUCAAGGCUACAUCUCUGAUGACCAGGGACUUCUGGUUGCUGGGACUGUUGGCGUGGGUGCGUCGAUCAUCUUUGGGCUCCUGGCGUGCUGUCAGUACUCCUCGCUUGUGAAGGCAACAGAAGCUGCGCAGGAGGCGGCAGACUGCAUCAUGACAAUGCCGACCCUGUUGGCCGAGCCCAUCCUGAGCUUGAUCUUGAAGGUACCAUUCAUCGUCGGCGGGGUGGUCUUGAUCCUUGUGCUCGUGACAUCUGGAGACUAUCAGUCUGUGGAUCUGACGAAUCCUUCCAGCCUCUUCAAUCCAGAUGACCUCGCUUUGACCAGCGCAGUCUAUGCGACUUUCAUGUUCUUCUGGCUCAUGGAACUCCUGCACUACAUCUCCGUUUUUGUGGUGAUCUACACUGCAGAGACCUGGUAUUUCAAGCACUAUGGGACUUCGCGUACUAACUUUUGUGGCACCUGUGGGCCGGCCGUGAUGCUUUCAGCCUACUGCGCGGCUGUCACCUCCCACCUGGGCUCCUUGAUCUUUGCAUCCUUCCUGAUGGUGACUCUGCGGAUAGUGCGUUGGAUCGUGAAGGCCUUUCUCAGUGCACAGGAGGGGCUGAGCACAAACCCAGUCACGAGCUGCAUUGCCCAGGCUUUGAGCAUCUUUACAGAUGCUUGCCUCGCCUGUGUUCAGCGUAUCCUCGACUUGACCAGCCAGGUCGCUCUCAUGGACAUAGCGUACCACGGAGACUCGGGCUUUUGCGGAGCCACCCAGCAUGCUCUGGAGGUUAUCUUCACCGACCGAUCCCAAUGGUUGGCCGUCGAAGGCGUUUGCUUGGUCUUCAUCGCGGUGGGAAUAGCUGGAAUCGGUGCAGGCUCGUGUGUCCUUACAUACAUGAUCACGAAUUCCUUCACCCGCUACACGGACAUAGAAAGCCCAAAUCACGUGUCAGAUCCACGAGAGGUGGCUGUGGUGGCUGGCGUCAUCGGCGUUUUCCUAGGCUGGACAAUGCUGCAUCCCUUCAUCACUAUUGCAGAUACCAUGGCGUACUGCCAUGGCUUCACGGCGUAUGAGGAGAAGAUGAGUGCUCAG